GAGUCGCAGCAGUAGCCGGGGCAGUAGCCUCAACGGGCCAUGGAGCCCGGCGGGGCGGCGGGCCCGGAGGAGAGGAUGGAGGGUCGCCCAGUGGCCCCCCAGCACAUCCACGUCCAGCUGCAAGGAGGGGCGCCCUGGGGCUUCACACUUAAGGGGGGGCUGGAGCAUGGAGAGCCCCUCAUCGUCUCCAAGAUUGAAGAUGGCGGCAAGGCGGCCUUAUCGGGGAAGAUGCGGACUGGGGACGAGUUGGUGAACAUCAAUGGAACCCCACUAUACGGCUCUCGCCAGGAGGCCCUCAUCCUCAUCAAGGGCUCCUUCCGGAUCCUGAAGAUGAUCGUCAGGAGGAGGAACGUUCCUGUCAUCAGGCCUCACUCAUGGCACCUGGCCAAGCUGUCCGAGGUCCGGGCUGAAGCGGCCACCACCAUGCACUUUCCCUCCGAUGCCUUCAGCUUGUCUUGGCACUCGGGAUGUGACACGAGCGACCUGAGUCUGCAGUGGAACCAGCUGUCCCGACACUGCAGCACGGACAAAAGCAGCUCGAUCGGCAGCAUGGAGAGCCUGGACCACCACCCCGGCCAAGCGUACGACGAGGGUGACCUCUCGCCCGUGGACCAGAGCCUCUACCAGAAUAAGCGGGACUCCGCCUACAGCUCGUUUUCCGCCAGCUCCAACGCUUCCGACUACGCUCCGUCCCUGCGGCCCGAGGAGGCCGCCUCCACGGACUGCAUCUUCCAGGGCCUGGGCCCCGGCAAGCCCCAGGAGGGGCGCUACCUGCAGACGGGGCCCGGGCCCCGACCCUCCUCGUGCCCCCACGAGAGCAAUCUCUCCGGCCCGGGCAGAGCGGGCGGCUCGGCCUGCGGCCCCCCGCAGCCCCCGGUGCGGAGAGACAGCCUGCGUGCGUCCAGGGCCCAGCCCGGCCCCGGGGAGAGGCGCCGGGCCUCGGCCCCCGCCGACGCCUCGCACCUCAAGGGUCGCCAGGCCUCCGACGCCUCCCUGUUGGCGAGGGAGCCCCUCAGCGGGUCCCGCUGCCCCUGCGGGCAGCCCCCGGGGGCCUGCGAGGGCCACUGGAAGGAGCGUCCGGCAGCUGACCGGUACUGUGGCCCAAACGCCCAACCCGACCCCGGCCACGAGCAACCGGUGAGGGAGGUUCCCGGGGGCGGGGACGGAGGGGCCCAACGAGCCCGGAGGCCCGGAGAGGAUGCAGAGGAUGCGGCCGGGCCCCGUGCCGACCGUCCCUCCCUCGGCCCCGCCGGGCCAUCCGGGCACCGGCACAGCGCUCCCGAGCAGCUGCUGGCCUCCCAGCUGCGGGCCCUGCGCCUCGGGGCCGAAAGGGGCACAGAGGGCGACGAGGCCGAGCUUCCGACCGUCCAGGAGGGUCACCGGUGGACCCUGUCGCCCCUGCACGGUACCCCCGGGGGCCGGGGUAGCCCCUGCCGUCAACUCCCCAGAGGAAUCCGCGACCCACUCGGUGCCGAGGUCCCAGACUCCUCACGAGGGAGCUCCCCUGCCGCCGCCGCCGGAGAGGCCCGCGGGGCCCCCCCAGAGUGCCAGGAUGGCACCCGGUCCCCCAGUGGGGGCUGCCCAGACCCGGGCAUCAACCCCCAGCAACCCGACCCCCGGCAGUCCUCCCCGCCUAGUCGGCCAGCCCAAGAGAGCCCCCCGAGCCCCAAGCCGGCCGGAGGCCCCCGGGCGCCGGCGGACGAGGGUGGGCGAGCGGGUGCCAGGAGGAGCGGGGGGACCCGGUGCCGUUCCACCCAGAUGCGGCGGAAGAGCGAGCGAUUCGCCACCAACCUGCGCAAUGAGAUCCAGCGGAGGAAGGCCCAGCUCCAGAAGAGCAAGGGCCCGGCCGGCCUGCUGGGCGGGGAGGAGCCGGUGGAGGAGGCGGAGGAGCUGGAGGACACCCCGGGGCACCCUCCCGACCCAUCCCCACCACCCACCUCUGGACCCUCUCCUCCUCCUCCUCCUCCUCCUCCUCCAUCCCCGCCUCUGCCGCCCCCUUCCCCGCCUCACGGCGGGUGGCCCGGGCCAGUCGCCCAGAACCUCAGCAGGACCCGCAUGUCCCGGGCUAGGUCUUCUGAAUGCCUCAGUCAAGAAGCCAAGAGCCACGGCCCCAGAGCGGUGCCGGAGGCCCCCGGGAGUCCCAGCCGGAGGCCCAUCUGGCCCGCGGCCGGGCCGGACCUCCGGUGGAAGACCCCCGACCCCGAGAAGCAGCGGGCGCCCGCCGUCGCGGCACGUGGGGGACGUUGGCGGUGGUCUCCAGAGCACAAGCUGCAACCUCACCUGGAGUCCUCCCCGGACGGAGGCCCCGACUCGUACGAGAAGGAGUCGGCCGGCCGGGCCCCGGAGGACGCCAUCCUCCUGCCCUUCGCCGACAGGAGGAAGUUCUUCGAGGAGACCAGCCGGUCCGUGUCCACGCCUCACCUGCCCGGCCUGGCGGCUCUGUCCGCCCGGCACAGCAAACCGGUGGCCCUGAGACCGAAGCCCCCGGACCAGAGCUCCUUCCGCCCGGUCAACUCGGACUGCAGGGAUCUGAGGCGGCACUCGGUGGACCAGACCUUUCGCUCCUCGUCUCCCCUGCCUCCUCCGGAGCCCUCCGCUUACCCAGAUUGCUUUGCCGCCAAAGGCCUGGAGCAGCCCGUGUGCUACCAGCCCGUGACCCACCGCGGGGAGUUCGAGUAUCUCAGGACUUACCCGUUCCCCUGCAACGUCCAAGGCGCCGUGGUCCACGACGCGUGCCCCUACUGUUCCGGGGAGCUCUGCCCGGCUCUGCUCAAGAGGAGUCUGCCGCCCAGCCACCGCGGCUGCCGCUGCCACCACCUCCAGUGGGCCCGCUGCUCGGACUGCUGCUGCCCGGCCCAGCGCCAGGUGCUGGAAGAGAACGGCAUGAUGCGGGGCGGUGCUUGGCCGGGCCGGAAGCCAUUCGUGCAGGAAUUUCCUCUGGAUGAAUGGGAACCGGUGAAGAUCAACAGGAGGACCAGCCAGUCGGUGAGCGAGUUGGCGCACUGGAACGUCGGCUGUUCGAGGGGAGGCCCUUUCCGCUCCUACUUUGAGAACGCCGAGCAGGAAUGGGCCACGUGCUACCGGGCGGCCUCCUCCCUGGACCUGUCACGUGACUACGACCGGCCCGGCGGCCGGACCCCGGAAGGCGGCGGGCUGUGCGAGGAGGGCGGCCGUGGGGCCCCACCAUCCCUCCCCCUCCGGGGCCGGGCCUUCUCCGAGAGCCAGCUCAGCUUGGAGGCCCCCGGCGCUCGAGGCAGGGAGCGGAGGGACCUCCUGGCCAAAGUGGAUGAGAGCCGGCCGGAUCCCCACCCCGGGGCGAGGAAGAGGGGGCCCCCGCCGCCCCGUCCGCCGCCCCCCAACUGGGAGAAGUUCCGCGGCCGUCGCCACCUCAGCGGUCACAUCGGCGGCGGCCCGGAGCCGUCGAGGGCGCGGACACCGGAGGUGGCCCUGGAGAGACCCCACCCGGAGUCUCAGAGUCCGAUGGCCGCUGCCAGGCAGCGGUCUCACAGCCUCCCGCUGGAGCAGCUCCCUGCGACCCAACCCCCGGAACACCCUCCCACCGGGAAUGGGCUCCUGCCGGACCAGCCCGCCCCGCGGUACUACUAUCACGGGGGCUUCCGGAGAGCCCCAGAGCGGCCCGGCCCGGAGCCACCCACCGUGGAGACCAUCAGGCCUGAAGCAUUAGUCAAGGAAGAGCCAAGAGCGGAGGCCAGCUGGGCCCAGACCCUGCUCCCUCAGGAGGUUCAGUAUCGCCCGCUCCACUGGAGCCCCGAGACGCAGCGACUCAGCCCCUCCAGCCUCCCUCCCGAGGACAACGGUUCCAGCCAGGACAGCGCAGAGGUGGAGAGCUGCCUCCUGACCUUGGGCUGCCGAUCCUCCCCAGCCCGCAUGACCUCAGAGGAGCUGAUGAGAGAUGUGGUGGGCCGAGACCGGACGCUAGCGGGCGUCCUGAGCCCGGCUUCCGGCAUGGUGACGGCCGCGGAGGUCAUGGGUGACCUCUUCGCCCCGGGCGGCCAGCACAAGUGGAAAGGCCACUUUCAGCAGGACUGCCAGUUGGAGAGGAGGAGCGAAGAGGUGGCCCAGGAAAGACAGGAGUUUCAGCCCAUCUCACCUCCCCCGGGCGACUCUGGGAGCCCCACCUCAUAUUCUGCUUAUUACAACACCUCGGCUGGGAAAGCGGAGUUGCUGAUCAAGAUGAAGGAGUUGCCCGAAGUGGCUGAAGCUUGUUCGGAAGAGGAGGAAGUUGACCAUGAGCUGGCUCAAAAGAAGGUGCAGCUCAUCGAGAGCAUCGGCCGGAAGCUGUCCGUGCUCCAGGAGGCCCAGCGAGGCCUUCAGGAAGACAUGGGCGCCAACGCCGCCCUGGGUGAGGAAGUGGAGGCGGCCCUCAAGACCGUGUGCAAGUCCAACGAGUUUGACAAGUUCCGCCUGUUCAUCGGGGACCUGGACAAGGUGGUCAACCUGCUGCUUUCCCUGUCCGGGCGACUGGCCAGGGUGGAGAACGCCCUCAACGGCCUGGAUCCCGAAUCCGCGCAGGAGAAGCUCACACUGAUGGAGAAGAAGCGUCAGCUGACGGAGCAGUUGGAGGAUGCCAAGGAGCUGAAAGAGCACGUGGAUCGGCGAGAGAAGGCCGUGUUCGGCAUGGUGUCCCGCUACCUGCUGCAGGGGCAGCUCCAGGACUAUCAGCACUUUGUGAAGAUGAAGUCGGCGCUCAUCAUCGAGCAGCGGGAGCUCGAGGAGAAGAUCAAACUCGGGGAGGAGCAGCUCAAAUGUCUCAGGGAGAGCCUCCUGUUGAACCCCAGAGAAUACUGAAGG